AUGAGUACAUUGGGAUUAUUAAUUAUGUUAUUAGGAAUAAUUAUAAUGUGUACACUUGUAAUUUUACGAAGUGUAAAUCCAAUUUAUUCAAUUUUAAAUUUAAUUGUAAUUUAUGGUUGUUAUGCAUCAAUCUUAUUAACCGUAGAAAUGGAAUUUUUAGCUUGUAUUUAUAUUUUAGUUAAUGUAGGUGCAAUUGCAGUAUUAUUUUUAUUUAUUGUCAUGAUGAUUAAUAUAAAUAUUGUUGAAAUCCAAGAAACAAUGAAAAAAUAUAAUAUAUACAUGAUUGUUGGUAUAAUAGGAGUCGUAGGUCUUCUGGGUAUAUUAAUCACAAAUUAUCAAAUUAGAAUAAAAGAAGAGGUAAUUGCAGAUUUUAGUAUGUUUUUAAUAAAUUCAGAAGUUGUCCAAUUACAAGCAACUCCAAGUUAUUUAGAUUUUUAUUCAUUAUUUGUAGAAACGACAGAUAUACGAACAAUGGGUAGCAAUGUUAUUUAUGGAAGUUACAGUAUUUGGUUUAUUAUGGCAUGUAUCAUUUUAUUAAUAGGUAUGGUUGGAGUAAUCUAUAUUACUGAAGAUUUAAUUAUUGAAAAAAGAACAUUAAAUGAAAGACGGCGACAAGAUAUUAAUUCUCAAGUAUUACGAGAAUAUAAAAUAACGAUAAGAAAUUACAGAGAAAGUAAAUAA